UUCCGGGUUAACUCUAAUCCAAGCAGUGUCUGUUGUCAUUUAAUUUGCUACAGUACAGCUGUGAUUCUGUGAAUUAAGAAGACUCGAGAAUCUGACCCCCCACACGUUGGAGAGACAACAUGGCGACCACCAUCAGCACCCAGCGGGGACAGGUGUAUAUUGGGGAGCUUCCCCAGGACUUCCUGCGGAUCACUCCCACCCAGCAGCAGCAGCAGGUCCAGCUGGAUGCCCAGGCUGCCAGGCAGUUGCAGUAUGGAGGCUCAAUAGGCACUGUAGGGCGACUCAGCAUUACUGUGGUCCAGGCCAAGCUGGCUAAAAACUAUGGUAUGACACGGAUGGAUCCAUACUGUAGGAUCCGACUGGGCUAUGCAGUCUACGAGACACCAACCGCUCACAAUGGAGCCAAGAACCCGCGCUGGAACAAGGUGAUCCAGUGCACGGUGCCUCCCGGGGUGGACUCCUUCUAUCUGGAGAUCUUUGAUGAGAGAGCGUUCUCCAUUGAUGACAGGAUAGCAUGGACUCAUGUCACCAUCCCUGAAGGCCUGAGGGAGGGCAGUGUGGUGGAUGAGUGGUUCAGCCUCAGUGGCAGGCAGGGCGAUGACAAGGAGGGCAUGAUCAACCUGGUGAUGUCUUUUGCUUCCUUACCAGCAGGGAUGAUGACUCAGCCUGUUGUCCUAAUGCCCUCUGUGUAUCAGCAAGGAGUUGGAUAUGUGCCCAUUGCAGGAGUGCCAACAGUCUACAACCAGGGCAUGGUACCCAUGGCAAUGCCAGCGCCCAUGCCAGCUGUUGGGGGCCAGGGGCCGGUGUGCAGUGAGGAGGACCUGAAGGCUCUGCAGGACAUGUUCCCCAACCUGGAUAAGGAGGUGGUUCGCACUGUGCUGGACGCACAGCAGGGCAACAAGGACGCUGCCAUCAACUCCCUGCUGCAAAUGGCUGAGGAGCUCUAACCGCAAAACACAUGCUCACAGUGGACAUCCCAAGGCGCGCGCGCACGCACACACACACACACACACGCGCACACGCACACACAUGUAUGCAUGCAGCCCUCCCACACACACAAUCCUCCCACAGUGUGGCUGUUAGCUUACCCACACACUGCAGCUAUAUCUGAGCUCCCACCAGCUCCACCAGCUGGUAGCCACAGAGAUCUGUUUGCUCUCCCUUCAUUGACUCCUUUUUGGCCUGUCAGCACAUGAAGCCUGGGCUUUCUCUGUCACUGGAUCCUCAAGCAUCGCAACAGCUGCGUCCACCUUCGGGUUUAAGAAGUCACUGGUUUAAGAUGAUCUCAAUAGCAAAUGUAUUUGGGAAAUUCUUUAAGGAUUAUUAAGGUAGAGGCUCAAUCAAAAUACUAUUAGUGUGACUUGAAUUGUAUAUUGUGUGGUAUAUCUUAGCAGCCCAAAUCAUUUUGUAUUUCUCAGUCGUUUCAGUGUCACAAUCUCUCAUUGUAUCCAUGGUAACCACGACUGUACUCCCUGAUCCCAGGGUUCGAUUUGCACAGUUAGAGAUGUAGAAAGUCAUGCUCAGAGUCCAUCCUCUGUUUAUGUUGAUGAUGUUGUCACUAGUGUGUGGAGAACGUGUCUGUUGUAACCUGCAGUGAACUGCUUCUGUUUCAUAUACUGUAUAGCUGUAAAAUGUUUAGUGCAUUCAAAAUCUGAUAAAUUAUUAUGGAAGUAUUUAAUUUUAUAGAAUUCUAAAUGGUGACCAGAGAAUUGAGAAUGAACAAAUAACCUGUGCGAUUCUAGGUUUAGAAGAAUAUAAGCACUGAACGCCACUUCAGUCCACUCUGAGUCGUCUUUCAAAGUGAUAACAAGAUUCCUUUGUAAAGUUUUGAUUUAACCCAUUCGGUCAGUGACAUAAGGAUGUGAAGACUUGAUGUUACAAAGUAGUUCCCUGUGGAGUCACUUUUUUAAGGAAGUGUAAGGAUGCAGUGUUAGCAUGAUGAGAAUGAUGAUGUCACUUUCCUGAUGAAAUCCGGAUGUUUUGAAGCCUAGCAGCAUGUUGUAUGUAGAGCUUUUGAGACCACAACACUUCCAUCCAGGUUGGCUACACAGUGACUCAGGUCAGAUGGAGACCUGAACAGAGUAAUUCAGUCCAUGUCUAAUAAGCUACAUAUCAGAAAGAAUUUUUCUCCCUGAGCAGGGAGGCCCAAGAUGACAGCGACGAGACUUCCAUGAAGUGUGCCCGGAAUGCUCAUGGUGCCCAUAAGCUGACACCUGUUUUUAGUGACACCCCUUACCUUUACCUUAGUGCCACCGUCAUGUUGAAACUUGUACAUGAGGAAAUACUGACUGAUUUGAGGAGCUCAUUCAUGCUUCAUAGUUGUUCUAUACUGUACAGCAGCUUGUAACACCACGAGCAAAGCUUUAAAUGUUAAGUGUUGAUGUUUUCCGGCCACAGUAUUUGUACUGAAUGUGUUGUAGUUCCUAAAGCUUUCUAUUGACACUUGUAGGUUUCAAGGUCUUCUUGUUAAAUGCGCUGUCUGCCAAAGGUUUCAUUUAAAAAUUCUUUGUCACCUUGUGACUUUUCACUUGUGGUUCCAGAACUACCGCUGUUGAGAUUCUUAAAAUGUCAGAGUCA